AUGCUCACUGGCCCAGAAUCUGCUGACAUGCAGCUCAUCUUCACAAAGCCGAGCGUAACCAACGUCACCCUCCUGUUCAAGGGACAACCAUAUUACGAGGUUUCGACGACGGAUUCUUCCGCCCCAACUACUAAAGUCACCUCCUUUCUGACAAACGAACCCCUCAUCACCAUUUGUCGUCACCGAUUCCAGUCCGAUACUAUCAAGUUCGCUUACCAUCACGAUGCUAGGCCAUUGAAGAUAAAGAAAUGGCUGAAAGAAGGAAAUCCAACCAGUGGGCGCCUAACGUGGACGAUCUCUACAAGCAUGGGAAUGUUUGUGUGGCGCACAGACACUGACCCUCGUUUGGUUCUUUGUCCUGAAAAUGAUACAGGACGUCCUAUCGCGUGGAUUCAAGUUGCAAGUGAAGGUGCUCAGCUGGCUAUUGUCAUGAAGCGGGAGGUGGAAGGUAUCAAAGACGAAAUCAUUGCCUCCGUUCUAAUCCUUGAGAGGGACACGGAGAUGAAGGAAAAGCGCAUUGGCGUUUCCGUUCAAGCGGCUGCCCGUACCAAUCCUUUGGCUUUCGCCAUGAUUUUUUAG